AUGUCAGGAGACAUUGUGGGGAUGUGGGAGGUGUCACUGAGUGAUGGGAUUUACAGGGUUGAGUUUGAACAUGGAACAACUACAGGGAAACGUGUUAUUUACAUUAAUGGCAAGGAGGUCUUGAGAAGGGACUGGAUGUUCAAACUGGUAGGCAGAGAAACAUUUCCUGUUGGGAGCACAGACACGAAAGCAACCAUAAGCAUUGAGGCAAUCAAUGGGUUCACUUAUGAGUACACACUGGAGAUCAAUGGAAAAAGUCUUCAAACAUUUUUGGAUAAUCGAGCAAAGAUUUCCAAAACAUGGCUGCUGAAACUGGGUGGUAAUGAUUGCAGGAUAGUUCUGGAGAAAGACACUAUGGAUGUGUGGUGCAAUGGGCAGAAAAUGGAUACCAUGGGUGAAUUUACAGAUGAUGGAACUGAGACACACUUUGCAGUUGGGAACCAUGAAUGCUGCAUAAAAGCAACAAGCAGUGGAAGGAAACGAAACAGAAUAGUUCAUUCCCUUCUGGUUGAUGGAACCAGGAUAGAGGAGGCCAUUGAGUAAAACUGAGUCUAAUCGAAUUCAGCUGUGCAAGACAUUUAGCAACAUUAUACUUUAUCAGAAUUAGAUACAGAUGGAAUGGACAGAAAGUGCUUUCUUUAAAUAAAUCCAGUGUGUUGGCAUUUGGACAAGUAUGGAUAGGGCACUUUACUUGUUACAAGACUACACAAAUGUGUUAAUGUACAUAAAGAAAACAAACAAUUACAUUUAAUUUAAAUAAAUAAAAAUUUUUGGGGAAAAGGUAAAAGGGUCAUUCGGUAACCCUCCCAAAUACAGCACACACAGUCUAGACUCAGGCAGGCAGAUUACAAGGUGUAAUAGUCACUGUAACAAACUGCCCAGCAAGCAAUUCUGGCUAAAACAAAGCAAAAUUUCGGCUGUCAGUGAAAGUCUAAUAGACGUCUAACCAUUGCCCAAGAAUAGACGAUGAGCAUACGCUUAGAACAUGUCAAAGAAAUGAAA